CAGCCCCCAGUCACUGGUUUUCGCCAGGUUGCGCCUUGUCUGCCCAGAUCGAGAUAUGCGGAAUUACCUCAACUAUUAGACAUGCGCCACAGAACGUCCGUCCGACGGUCACAUCGAGAUUUGGAAUUCCUCCGCCCGCAGGUCUCCGCCAGGUCCUCCGUCGUGUCAUGAAAAGGUGCCUGUGUCCAGCCCGUCUGCCGUGCCUGGACCGCCGGUCUUCCUUGAUCCGCCCUCCCCCUUCGAUUCUUCGUCGCCUGUCGUUUCGUGCCCCCCUUCGCACCGGGUUCUCGAGCCGGGGACCGUUCCCCGAAAGGCGACAAUGGAGUCGCCAGUUCUCCGUCGGGGCUGGUCCCCCGAUCAAUCGACAGUUGCUACAAAGCUAUGUUAGGAUGGAAAUGAAAAGAUGUCCUGUCUCUGGACCCGAACAGGGCAAUUCAGAGGCCUGGGUCGCGCUAUUGGAACAGUACCUGCCGCCAUCGUUGCGGAGAUGCGCUGACGACGACGUUUCGGACUCGCAGUCUCACGCUACGGAACGGACCGACGCUGCAUAUUUUGCGCAGACCAUCGAAUUGUCCAACUUGCUACUGCAUGCGCGGGACGCGGGUAAACUCGACCUUCUUACCUAUGUCGGAUUUCGGUUGAAUAAUUGGUCUGCUGUACAAUUCUUGAUCAACCGACUCCUUGAUGCCGCAGACUCUCUCAAGGAGGUUUCUCUUCCCCUUCAGCCUUUGUCCAACUAUGACUGGGGACUGGACUCUGGGCUCUCGCUUGACGAGCUCACUAGUAGGACUGUGGAACCGGCCCUGAAACUCCCGCAAGUUCCCAAUCGGCCACAAUCAUCGGACCUGACGAGUCUCGAUGCCUUCACCGAGCGGCCAUUCGCAGACGAUCAUUCGAGACGUUUCAUGGCCGAGGUCUGGCAGGGCUUGGGCUCCAUCGUGCUUGAUGCUGCCGAUGCGUCUCCCAACGAAUCGAAGUUGGCUAUGUCUCAUGUGUUUCAGAUCCUUGCCCGUUUGCAUCAUUCGGGGGCCAUCUCAGAUAGGGUAUAUCAAUAUGUCCCUCCGGAUAGUUACCAAGCUUCGUUUAGACCUCCCGGGAUACAUUUACUUUCCAGUCAUAUCAUGAGUGUCUUAUCGGAUGCCGCGUGGUUGGUGCACGAAGCAGAGGUUGCUGCUCAAGCAGCUGCAGCAGGGGAGGAUUCGCCAUAUCUUCCCUUCAAGAUGGGCGUUCGUGAGCUUGGGCCCGAGAUCUGGCUUGAGUUCAUACUGUGGUGCUGCGUGGAACAUGGCCAUAUUGAAGAGGGGGUCUGGAUAAUCGACAGGCUGGUGGCGAAGACGGGAGACCAGGCCUGGAAAUUCCAGAGCUGGAAGCCGAUACUGGAUGAGUCUGGGUCGGUAUGGCAAACCAAGAUCGACCAGGAGGAAACUUGGCGACAGCCUGGCCACCACGAGCGCCCUAUGAUGCUGCGAAAACGCCACAACCCUACGCCCUUCCAUGGCUUGGGGAAGCGAACCAUGAGCGCCGAAGUAGCCUCGGCACUGUUGGAUAACCUUCCCAAUCAAGUAUAUCAAGGGCUAGGCUUUCGGGGUAUGUCACCAAGCGCACUUUUGCGCUAUGUCUCCCGUCUCAAGUUCGCCAUUGCUCCAUCAACAGCCGAUAAACAAUUACUACCCACAAGCAGAGCGUCGAAUUGGUUCGUUGUACGAGUUAUGGAAUCAGGCGGCCUAAAACCGGACGCUGAUCCCCGGGCUUUCGAAGACUUCCUUAGAAUAACUCCAUGCGUGGUUCCACCUUGGGAUGCAGACCUUCACCACGUCGAUAAGGACGACUUGGCACGGCUGAGCUUGUCGCAGCUGUACGACGAGACGUCUGCGCUGGCCGGCCUGAUCGAGUACAACAUCAGGUUCUACUCAAAGAAGCGGCUCUGCGGUGACGCAUUGAACGCAUUUGCCUGGCUGCAAGCCAUUGUUGAUACCAGCAAGAUACAACGCAUCGACGACUUUUUCUCAUCUCGCGUAGAUCAACCUGGUCUCGCCUUCCCUACCUUGAAUGCCGAUGAACUGGACUCCGCGAAAUCGCUCGAAUCAUCCAUGCCGCAGCUGUCGAGCAUCACACUGGCCGAUUUGAUCGACCUGGUUACCGUGUCGCGAGCGUUCACAUUUGGCGACUGGCUCUUCUUCUCCAACGACGCCGAUGGUCCUCCGGUCCCACCGAGCUCAUACGGCAACCAAGCCCUAGCUCCGUCUAUCCUCCGUUAUGCUACUGCGACUAAGAACUCGGCACUCUGCGACGCGGUCAUCCAGUCCCUCAAGCAGCCUCUCUCAUCAAACACCAUACGUGCACUGCUAAAUUUCCGCAUCUCCAUGCACCAGUGGGACUCGGUGAUCAUGCUGCUCGAGUUCAUCCGGGACCACCGCACUAAAUCCUGGGGCCACAGCAACGCCACCGCCCUAGCAGGUGAAAUCAUCCGUCUAGAGGAGAGAACCAAACAACAAUCCGACUCAGCAGCGCCAGUGGAACAAAUUGAAUCCCUCACCCGCGCGACAGACAUCCUUCUCCGUCUCCUUCAGGGAGAGUUCAAUGAACCUACUCAGUUCGCGCAGACCCAUUUCCAGGAACGCGCUCUCUUCGGCCUGCACCGCGUCUUUCUAUCCGUCCCCGGCGCCCUUCACGACGUCGCCACCGCUGCCACUAAUACCCUCCCCUAUAAAGCCUCCCCACGAACCGCCGUCCCCUACAUCCCAGCCACCGCCUUUCACUCCCUCCUCUCCGCCAUCGUCGACACCAAGGGCAGCGCAGCCGGUCAACGCUUCUGGAAAGAAUGGUGUCUAGACAGCAAAUCCCCGACCUUCCGUCGUCUCCAAGAAGGCGGCAUCGUGCGCAUGUACCUGAACAAAGAGCGCAACCGCUCCAAAGGCGAUCCCCACUUUGACGCCAAAUACUUCAAGCAGCUCCAAAAGAAAGCUACUAUCCCCAACCCCAACACCGUCCGCAUUAUCGCCCAGGCCGCUUUGCAGGAAUACAACGAGCACGAAGCCCAAUCACAACCCGACCCUGACUCCCCAACCCAACCACCGCCAUCAUCCCCUAACCCAGCCGAAGACGUCCUCAACUUCUGCAUCGAGCGCUUCGAGUCCUUCGGCGUCCGUCGUCGGGAAAUCAACCGUGAAGUCGGGGGUCUCUUGUACCGCCGACGUCGAGAGCUCAGCAAGAUGAAACGAGAGCGCACGAAGAUGGAGACUGCCGCUGCUGCUGAUACUGCUACUGCUACUGCGGCAUCAUAGCGUGGCCGAUCACUCACUCCACCUAUCCCUCCAUCCUCUCUUCCCCGGGAUGAUAUGUAUAAUAUAGAAAGAUAGAAAACGGCCUGUUC